AUGAGGGGCUCUUCACGAGCAUCCAGAGCUAGCGGACGUUCUGCGCAUGAUUUCGCUGGGGCGACAACCACCGCCGCUGGCACCGGCGCAAAGCUUAUUUCCAGGUCGAGAAUAUCCGUUGUGGCUGCUUCGCCUGGCCAAGGCGCCGUAUAUGCGAACCUGCCGGACGUGCAGCCAUGUGAUCGAUCGACGCGAGGCCGGCGUCAAGGCAACGCGACAGACAGGCGCCAGAAGAGAACGCGGUCGGCGCCAGCUCUGCGCCAAGCGCGAACGCUCCACUCCGGACGCCUGCGACAACGAUGCGCCUGGAGAACGUCUACAAGCGAGACAGUACCGAUGACCGCCGCUGCGAACGGUGCCACAGCGCCUGCUUCCAGAGAAACGCCAAGAGAGCGGCCCGGAAAAGCUGCAGCAAGUAGCGAUUCGCGUCUGUUUGAUCGUACGUACUACCAUUCGUUCACGUUUGCGCCAAUGAGUCCGGAUGAGGUGCUCGCCGCCUACGACUCUGAGCUGGAAGAAGUCGACGACGCGUGGCUUGUUCAGCUCUCGGAUCACCGCAUUGACCAGUUUCUUGAUGUGCUACCCGUCGAAAAGGUGUUGAUGAAAGCCUGGAAUGCAUUUUUGAAAGAGGUAUACCCAAUCUUAGGUGACCGUUCCGUGCGGGACGCUGUCAGGCGUUUCGCACCGUGGUUUGUAGCGCGGCUGCGGGUGAACGCCUCCAGCUCGGCUUGUCAUCCGUACGAGGCGCUUCGCACCGCGUUUCUCAUGCAUUUACGCGCUCUCUGGCAAUUUCAUUUACUCGGUUCUGAACAGGUUGCGGAAGCGAUGAUUGCGUUCGAUCGUGCGUGGCUGAACGGUCAAGGGCCGGUCUUCGCAGCUGCGGCUGAUUUGCAGCCGCGCCUUGGUGAAGGCUCCACCAAUCACACCCAUGCAGGCCUAUCUCCAAACUCCCUGCCCAGGUCUGAUCACGCAAACGGAAUAGAUGGUGAUGCGGAGCUGGAUCCAGAGAAUCCUUUAUGCGCUUGUGCGUCCGUGCAGGCUUGUUAG